GGGCGGCCGCGCCGCCGCCGCCAGUGAGGAGCUGGGGCGCUGCUGCGGGUCGGCGCUCGCCGCGUAUCCGGCGGCGCGGGCGGGCGGAGUAUGAGGCCGGCGCGGACGGGACGCAGCGGGGCCCGGCGCCAGAGCUCCCUGCGGUGAGGCGCGGCAGGCAGCAGCGGGCGCGGCGGAGCGGGGAUGGCUCGCGCCGGGGCUGCGGCGGAGGCUCUGCCCGGGGACUGGCCCCGGGAGGCGGCGGCAGGAGACGCCUCCUCCCGCAGGGAGGACGGGGCGCGGGACGCGCUCUCCCUGGAGCAGAUCCUGCGGCUCUACAACCAGCCCAUCAACGAGGAGCAGGCGUGGGCCGUGUGCUACCAGUGCUGCGGCUCCCUGCGGGCCCGGGGCCGCCGCCGCGGGACCCCCGCCGCCAGGGCCGAGGCGGCUGCCCACGUCCGCAUCUGGAAGGACGGGACCGUCACCCUGGAGCCGCCCAGCGGGGCUUCCCCUCCGGCAGCAGAUACAUCAGGACAUUCACACUGUACAGAAACAGAGAUUAUUGAAUCACUGGGGAUUAUUAUUUAUAAAGCGCUGGACUAUGGCUUGAAGGAGAAUGAAGAGCGAGAACUAAGUCCUCCCUUGGAGCAGCUUAUAGAUCACAUGACCAAUACCGUGGAGGUAGAUGGAAGUAAAGAUGAAGGCUAUGAGGCUCUGGAUGAAGGCGUGGAAGAAGACGAAGAUGAAAAAGAGGAAAUUGAGGUCAUUCACUCGUAUAAAGAUGUCAUGAAGUUGUGUGCUGCCCAUCUACCAACACGAUCAGAGGCGCCAAACCACUAUCAGGCAGUAUGUCGGGCACUGUUUGCUGAAACAAUGGAGUUGUACACAUUCCUGGCCAAAAUUAAAAGUGCAAAAGAGAAUCUGAAGAAGAUUCAGGAAAUGGACAAAGAAAAGAGUGAUGAAUCCAGCACAGACCUUGAUGAGCUGAAAAAUGCUGACUGGGCUCGCUUUUGGGUACAGGUGAUGCGAGAUUUGCGGGAUGGUGUUAAACUGAAGAAGGUUCAAGAGCGUCAGUAUAACCCACUUCCAAUAGAAUAUCAGCUCACACCCUAUGAAAUGCUGAUGGAUGACAUUCGAUCCAAACGCUAUACCUUAAGGAAGGUUAUGGUCAAUGGGGAUAUUCCACCUCGAUUAAAAAAGAGUGCUCAUGAAAAAAUCCUGGAUUUCAUCCGAUCACGACCCCCAUUAAAUCCUGCCUCUGCAAGAAAACUGAAACCAACCCCACCACGGCCACGCAGCCUCCAUGAAAGGAUACUGGAGGAAAUCAAGGCAGAAAGAAAGCUGCGCCCUGUCUCACCAGAUGAGAUCAGGCGUAGCAGGCUAGAUGUAUCCACACCAGAGGCCUCAAGAAAAUUAGCAGAUAGCUCUGUAGCAAAUGGUGGCUUGACACCACAAGCAAAGGUGAAUGGCGUCAGCACUACCCAAGUGACAGUGCAGCGAAAGAGACUCCUUAAAGCCCCUACAUUGGCUGAACUGGAUAGCUCGGAUUCAGAGGAGGAGUCUAUGCACAAAUCAGCAAGCAGCAGCAGUGUCUCUCUUUCCCAAAUGGAAGACUCCUUUCAAGAGACAACCUCUGGUAGAAAGAUGCCCCCAAAGUUUUUGCCAAUAUCAUCCACGCCACAGCCAGAGAGGCGGCAACCACCGCAGAGACGACACUCCAUUGAAAAGGAAACGCCGACUAACGUGAGACAGUUCCUACCACCUUCAAAACAGAGCUCCAAGUCACUUGUUCCUAGGAUAACCAGUUUUUUCCCAAGGACGACUUUCAGACCAUUUUUUUCAACCAUACAAACAGCUUCUCUGCUCAGCUCUCAUCCCUUUGAAGCAGCCCUGGUUGGAGUGGCAAGGGCUAUGUAUUAUCUGUGUGACAGAGCUUUUACCAGCAGGUGGAAACCCCCAAAGGAGGAGUUUUGUUACCCAGUGGAAUGCCUGGCUCUGACAGUGGAGGAAGUCAUGCAUAUUCGUCAGGUGCUAGUGAAAGCAGAGCUGGAAAAGUAUCAGCAAUAUAAAGAUGUCUACACUGCCCUCAAAAAAGGAAAGCUCUGUUUCUGUUGUCGAACAAGGAGGUUUUCUUUCUUCACCUGGUCCUACACCUGUCAGUUCUGUAAGAGGCCUGUAUGUUCACAGUGUUGCAAAAAGAUGCGAUUGCCAUCAAAGCCAUACUCCACCCUUCCUAUCUUCUCUCUGGGACCUUCUGCUUUGCAGAGAGGAGACAGUUUUAUGAGACCAGAAAAACCCUCCACCAGUCACCACCGGCCACUUAGGAGCAUGUCCAGGUUGUCCGCAAAGUCUAAGUCUGUGGAUAAAUCAAAUGAAGAUCUACAGUUUCCCAAAGAGUUAAUGGAGGACUGGAGCACCAUGGAGGUGUGCGUGGACUGCAAAAAGUUUAUUUCAGAAAUCAUCAGCUCAAGCCGGCGCAGCCUCUCUCUGGCCAACAAACGAGCCAGGUUAAAAAGGAAAACACAAUCAUUCUGCAUGGCAUCACCAGGCAACUCUGAAUACUGCCCUUCUGAGAGAACGAUCAAUGAGAUCUGAGUCUUGUGCCUUUUUCUUUGCUUUUGUCUUCAUGAGGUCAGCAUCUGUGAGAAAGAUCACUGAAACUGCCCUUCCCUUUGUUUUACUUAACGAGCUUGAAUUUGCAUUAGAUCGCAGGGUUUGCUAUUCUACGGUUUCCACAGACUCUACAUUCCUAUCUAUAGAUAAUGAUAAGUAAUAGGUCAGCCAAUAACUCGUUUGCACUGGAAGGAAACAAUAGUUUGAAAAUGUUCCGUGUGUGUGUGUGCGUGCGCGCAUCGUGGAGAUAGAAACCCUUUACUUGCAUUCAGUUUUUCAUCAUUCCUUGAAUUGUUUUCAGGACAGGAGCUGAAUUGUAUUCCUAAAGGAGAAGCAAAUCUAACACAGGUGUCAAUGUUAGCACAAUUGUAAGCAGUAAGUCAUAUUGGCAUUACCAACCUAAUCGUGUUCAUGUUCUAGUUUAUAUGGCACAUGGAACCAUGUUGUACACCAAAAAUCUAGUGUGGGCUGUUGGUCUCAUUGUCUCACAGCACAAAACCUAGAAGGUUUUGCUAGUGCUAUCAACAUUAUCUUUCUUUCAACUGUUGUUACUGCUCUGAGAUCAUGGUUCAAUGUGGAACUUUAUAAUGUCUGUGUUCUAGUGUAACAUAUCUCAGUAGGCUGUAUGCCCAAAUGGUGGGCCAUUUACCCUGAGCUGCUGUACUUCUAAGCCCUGGUGUAAUUAGAAGUGUCUCCUGUGCGGGUAAGAGUAGUUGAUUCCUUAUUUUGAAUGUAUUGUGAUUAUUAUAUUUGGUAGUCGUAGUUUUAGCAGUAGAUAGAGCUGUACACUCGAUGGGGAGGGUGGGAAAUAAGAGGGGCUUCUAAGUUUAACUGAAUUCCUGUAAAGUAUGUAACAUGGUUACCCAGAGAGGAAGUAUGGGUAAUAUGUAUAUUUGUAUUAUAGUGGAACACACAAGCACUGCUAUUAUUAAAAGUUCAGGAGCAUAUCCAUUAUAAAUCCCAUUUUUCAGGGGUUUAUAGUUUGGCUGUAAAAUUUAGGAUCCUGAUGAAAUUUGGGACAACUGUGUCUCAGAUUAGGAGCACUUUGUUUUGCUUUUUAACAAACUUAUGGAGAAAAAAGUCUACCUGUUAAAAGUUUCAAUAAUGUUACAAUGUUAACAAACAUCACAUGCUUUUUGCUCUUUUUUAUAUUCAGAUGUUUUGUUUUUAAAGCAGUUAAAACAUAAUUAGAGUUUAGUCCAUAAUAUGGAGAUAAGUUAACACAACCAAGUUACUAAUACUUGAAAAUCAACUACUGUGCGUACACAGUAACUUUUUCAUAACAUUUUUCAUACCCAGAUUGAUAUUUAAUAUCAAUACAGUUCUGUAUUAUAUAAUAUCAUAGUAGGAAAGAUUCAGAUCUAUUUAUUAACAUUUCUGUACUAGAGAUGGAUGAGAGAUACCUCAGAACUGCUCCAAAGUAGCUGAGACAGGGUUUUUGUAAUACAGUUAAGGUUGAUCUGUUUUCAAACUCUGAAUACAUAUUUACAAAAUAGAAUCUCUUGAACCAAAUAUUAUGCAUUUUAAAAAGUCACUGGGAGCCAAAUCCUAGACUUGAUGUCGGGGCUCUGGGUUGAUGAUGGGAGUAUGGUUCCCACAUUCCAUUGAGCAACAUUAGAGCCACUCUGCAACUGACAGGUUUCAGAGUAACAGCUGUGAGCUGUAACAGCUGCAACUGCUGCUGCACCAUCCCUGCUGUGUGGGAGGGGAGUAGCCACCCACUGAGACCACCUUCACAGGCUUCCCAAAUCCACGCAGUGGAGCUGCCCCAGUUUCACAGUAUGCUGGGCUCCCUGCCCCCCAGACGUGCAGGAUUUCCCCUUUCAAGGCAUAUUUGCAAGUUAAGUUGUCAUAGCUCCAAAGCAGCUAGUCUGCUAUUAGGUAAAUGUGUGUUUGGGCUGUUCUGAAAAGCCUGUACAAAGGGCUUUUUCAACCCAUCCUGGGACACAUCCAUCCUCAUUUUCCUUUAAUCGUAUUUACAUAGUUUGCGCACACAGCCAGUAUCGGGUAAUAAUGUUAAGGGUUUGCCUGAACUGAUGACCCCAGGAAGUUCAGAGUUAUGUGUGAGUCCCCAUUCUUAACCCUUUCCUUUCUGCAGAGGGCCAUGCAGCUGUUACCCCCUCUGUCUGGGGACCUCAGGACGAUGGGUCUUUCAUAUUAAAGCAGGGGUGAAAGUAACUUAAAUGACUUAAGGGUACACUGGAGCCCUGAGCAAGGGGUGGGGCCUCAAUUGGAAGAGGCGGGGCCUUCAGAGGCCUCAAUUUAAAGGGCCCAGGGCUGUGGUAGAGGCGGCUGGGCCCUUUAAAUUGCCAACGGAGCCCCAGGGCUCCCAGAUGCCUCCGCUACCCCAGGGGUCCAGCAGCGGGGCUCUGGCGACAAUUUAAAGGGCCUGGGGCUUCAGCUGCUGCCGGGAGCCCCAGACCCUUUAAAUUGCCACCGGGGGAAGCCGGUUUGGUACAGCGCACCGGCUCUUGCUGGUACUCUGUACUGGCUUACUUUCACCUCUGUAUUCAAGGAAUUACAAUAUCUUGAUGAGUUAAGGACCUAUGAUAGUGGGGUAGCACAGUGCAAUUCAUGUGAAAUGGGUAAUGAAAGAUCCCCCGUUAGUCAUAUGAUAGCCCCUCGGUCAUGGUAGCACUUUUUUUUGCCACUUGUGUUUCUGUGCCAAAAUCAAUCCCUGCAGCCCAGCUACCCACCCAUCCCUUGUUCCCUUGCUGUAUUGCCUAGUAUUCACACCAGAUGACCAGUUCCCAGGGAAGCACAUGGGGCUUUUAUUUUAAACCCCCAUUAUUCUGUGUUUAAUUUUUCUUGGGAAACAUCCCCCUCUACAUCCCUUACAUCUAUUCACUGCUCCUCUUCAUGGCCCCUUGCAGGAGCUGGAAACGCAUUCCUUGAUGUCUCUGAGGCUCUCAGGGGUGCAGAGUAUCCAGCAAGUUUUUCUUUCUAUUGGGAGGGGUUUGUGAUAGAAGCCAUAGCCUCAUAAUGCCUCACAUCCAGUAUAUGAGCAGUGAAAUCAGACUCCAGCCCUGCAGAUCCUGGGCCAUCCAUGAAGGCCUACUCCUUUGUGCAUCAUCCCUGCUCCCUGCAGCAUGGGUUCCUUGGUGAGGUCUUCUCUCCCAUAUCAGUGCGUCCUCAUAGGUGCUGUAGAGGAGAGCUGAUGCUGCUUCUAGCAUCAUUACUAACUUUGUGGUGUUUGUAAUACUGCAACACCUAGCAGACCUAGUCACAUGCCAUGACCCUGUUGUGCUAGGCACUGUACAAACACAGAACAAAAAAUGGUCCUGUGAACUAGUGAAUGGCCGUCAACUUAAGAGUCCAUUAGUGUGUGAGGGCAGCAGGGUGCAAAGGCUGGCUGCUUCCAGUUCUACCCCUGUCCGCCUGACUCAGCCACUCCAGGGCAGUGUGAUGGUAGCACACAGAGACUCCCACAAGCACCUGGAGAGGGGAAUCCUGCCCUAGAGCUGCCAGUCUCCGGGGGGGGUUUCCACGCUGGUUGCUUCCAUCUAUAUUAGGGAAAAUAGGCCCUUGUACAAUGUGCUGGCCUUUACUUUGGCAGCGGAAACAAAGUCAGAAAUGCAAUUCUCUUUCUCAAGCAAAGGCGGAAGAAGCACCGUCCACUCUUUGCCUGGAUCAGUCUGGAGUGGACUAUUUUGAGCUUUCCACCUCACCGUUCAUGCUAGUGUCCGAAACCCAUUCCAAGUGUCAAGGACCAGUCCACUUUACCUGCGUACCUUAUCAAGCUGCCCACAAUGUCCUAUUUAUGGCUUAAAUUUCAUAUCUGUGUCAGAAUAGAAAAACAAAAGUUUGUAAAUGUCUGUAAUAUAUUUAUUAAUAUUUAGAAAGCUGCCAUGCAUUGAGCAAUGGGAAUUGACUUUCCCAUGAAGAUUUAAAAAGAAAGUGAGUCUUAUUUAUAUGUAUAUUGAUUAUAUUAUUAGAUUUAAAGUUGAGCCUCUCUCCAUAGACAUUGUAAAAUGAAUUUCUGUUGAAAAGACUGUGGGACUAGCACAGUGAGCUCAUUUCAAUGAGUUUUUAAAAUCUUUUUUUUCCCUUCUGUGUUUAAUAAAACUAGGACUUGUAUAAGUACAUCAGAGACCCAAAGGGGGUUUAAAAAAAUGUCAUUGACAAUGCAAUGGUCUUGUAUUUUAUACAUGAAAACAGUUCUUGAGAAUUCAAAGCCAGCUCAGCCUUGCUAACAGUUGCAAUGAAGGUAGCAAACAGGCCUUUGUGGCAGCUCUUAUGUGUAUAAAACAAAUUCUUUCAACGUUCAUGGUGACAAUAUUGCUUAUGGGGUUUUUUCAUUAAGUCCUUUAUUGAAGAAAAAAAACCUGGGGACAAUAAAAUGUCUUUGGAGCAUA